GGCGGCCCGGGCUGACCCCACGAGGCCACGCCCCCUCCCAAGAUGGCGUUGUGGGCGGGGCCGGCAGGUGGGGCCGCUCUGGUAGUGCCUCAGUGGUCCAGAAGGUCCCACAAGGGGGCGUGGCCCGCAGGUGCGGCCGCUCUGGGCGCGGCUCUGUGCUCGUGGCGGACCGGCGGCCACCAUGGCGGCGGGGUCGGAGUGCUGCAGGCCGCUGCUCCCUUGGCUGCAGACCUUUGACCCCCCCUCGCCCUGCACCUCCCCCCAGGACCUCACCACUGGGGUGACCCUGGCUCAUGUCCUCCACUGCAUUGACUCCUCCUGGUUCAAUGAGACAUGGCUGGGCUGCAUCCAGAGUGGUGCUGAGGACAACUGGAGGCUGAAGGCAAGCAACCUGCAGAAGGUGUUGCAGAGUGUGCUGGAAUACUGGCAGGAUGUGCUGGGCCAGGCGGUGGCAGAGCGCCAUGUCCCCGACGUGGUCCUGGCAGCCCAAUGCGCCGACCCAGAGCAACUGGGCAAAUUGGUGCGACUGGUGCUGGGCUGCGCCGUCAGCUGCGAGAGGAGGGAAGAGCACAUCCAACGCAUCAUGACCCUGGAUGAGGCAGUGCAGCAUGGAGUGAUGACGGUGUGCCAACCUGAUGGGGUUGGGGUGUGGUCUCAGCAGUGGGCGGGGCCAGGUGGGCAGUGGGCGGGGCCAGGUGGGGCAGGCUCUUCGGGGCGUGGUGAGAGUAACCGCACGUGGGCGGGGCCGGCGAGGAGGGGGCGUGGUCAGGACGGGCCCCACCCGCAGGUGGAGGAGCUGAGCGGGCAGCAGGCCGCGGCGGCGCUGCAGGCGGAGCGGUGGCAGAGGGAGUGCCGCAGCCUGCAGGAGCGGUUCGAGGCGCUGAGCCAAGAGAGGGAGCGGCUGUUGGAGGAGCGUGAUGCUCUGCGCGAGGCCAACGAGGAGCUGCGCUGCGCCCAGGUGCAGCAGAGCUGCCUGCAGCAGGCAGAUGCAGUCAUGGAUGGGAGCACGGCCCCAGCAGGAAACCUGGCGGCCGAAAUCCUCCCCGCGGAGCUCAGGGAGACAGUGGCUCGGCUGCAGCAGGAGAACCAGAGGCUGCAGGCGCAGGAGGCGGCACUACGGCUGCAGCGGGACCGGCUGCAGCGGCAGCUCCGCGACAUUGACAGGCUGGAGGCCGUGAGGGCAGUGGGGCUGCAAGGAGACCCCAACAAAGAGGUGAUGCGGGCAGUGGAGCCCCCCCACACCGCCCCUGUCCUGCGUGCCCUCAGGAACCAACUGCAGGAGAAGGACGCUCUAAUCCGGCACCUGGAGAAUGACUAUGAGCGGAGCCGGGCGCAGCAGGAGCGUGAGGAGCGGCUGUUGGUCACCGCUUGGUACAACAUGGGUUUGGCGUUGCAGCAGCAGACACGCGAGGAGGGGGCCCUGGGGACCCCCCCCAGGAGCGGGCCUCGCUCGUUCCUGGCCCAGCAGCGCUUGGCCACAGCUGCCCGCCGUGCACGGCCCCCCCACGGCCGCCCCCCCAACCGCUGACCCCCACGGGCUCAUGAUCUGGGGGAGUCUCUUGGGGCUGCCCCCCACCCCCAGCUGGGCUGGACCCGUUUCUGACACUACUGAUCUGCCCCUCUCCUCUUUGUGGGGGGCAGACCCCGCACCCCUCUUUGGUGGAGGGGGGCUUUUAGCACUUCUAUUUUUGUAGCCUCUUUUUCCCCCCGGGGAGGGGUUUAUUUCCCCACCGCCCUCCCCCAAACCUCUUUUUCAAUAAAGCCAUGAGAUCAGGG